UAGCCAGGCGUGGAGGCAUGUGCCUGUAGUCCCAGCUACUCGGGACGCUGAAGUGGGAGGAUCAAUUAAGCCUGGGAGGUGAAGGCUUCAGUGAGCCAUGAUUGAGCCAUGAUUGUGCCACUGUGUUCCAGCCUGGGUGACAGAGUGAGAGCCUGUCUCAAAAGAAAAAAAAGAGAAAAAGAAAAAAAAAAAGUAAAUACUGCCUUACUGUCUAUAAUACCUGCUUUUCUACAAGGUGAUAGUAAUCAGGAGAAUGUAGGAUUGGCAGAAAGGUGGACAUAUAGAUCAAUGGAACAGAAUGGGAAAUCCAUAAAUUUGCAAUUUGACAAAGGGGUCAAAGCAAUUCAUUAAAGAAAAUGGGAUCUGUGUUGUAUGGAUCCUAUAGCACAUGGAGACCAGUUGCCAUUGCUGUUUUGAUCAACUUCAAAGGCAUUCAUCCAGGGUGGUUUAUUCCAGAACCACUAGAAAUCAUUAGGACCACCAGGACAGCCUCUCCACAGCCAUCUGAUGUGGCUGCCUCAGCUCGACCUCAUGAGGGUCAUCAGUGCUAAGAGUCAAGGUAAGACCCUGUGGAAAUGGGUCUCCCGGUAUUUCCUCCCCACCACACUGGACUAACACAAAGAUGGCUGCAAAAGGACAUUCCUUGAAAUAUACAGAUUACCUUGGCCGUAGGGUGGAGAGAGGGAUGAACUGCAGGAAGUUAUUAUUGCUUAUGCCAAUAUUUUUAUUUUUGGGGGGAUCCGUUGUUGUGCUCUUCAGUGAUUUUCCUGGUGGCUUUGACCCAGUGGAAAGCUGAAGGACAAAAGUUUUGUAUGCGGAAGGUGUAUUUCUUCCUUGACUGUUAUUUAACCUGUGAAACUUGGAUUUGGGAGCUAUUCCCUAAACAGAAAGCUGUGGCCCUGCCCUUGGGGUGGGAGGUGACAGCACAUGAAUUUGUGUUUUCCAGGCUACUCCAUUGCCACUGAAAUCACUGGUCCAACAACAGUGAAUGGCUUGGAGCGGGGCUCCUUGACCGUGCAGUGUGUUUACAGAUCAGGCUGGGAGACCUACUUGAAGUGGUGGUGUCGAGGAGCUAUUUGGCAUGACUGCAAGAUCCUUGUUAAAACCACUGGAUCAGAGCAGGAGGUGAAGAGGGACCGGGUGUCCAUCAAGGACAAUCAGAAAAACCGCACGUUCACUGUGACCAUGGAGGAUCUCAUGAAAACUGAUGCUGACACUUACUGGUGUGGAAUUGAGAAAACUGGAAAUGACCUUGGGGUCACAGUUCAAGUGACCAUUGACCCAGCUCCGACUCCUGCCCCCACCACGCCUACCUCCACUACGUUUACAGCACCAGUCACCCAAGAAGAAACUAGCAGCUCCCCAACUCUGACCGGCCACCACUUGGACAACAGGCACAAGCUCCUGAAGCUCAGUGUCCUCCUGCCCCUCAUCUUCACCAUAUUGCUGCUGCUUUCGGUGGCUGCCUCACUCUUGGCUUGGAGGAUGAUGAAGCGCCAGCAGAAAGCAGCCGGGAUGUCCCCAGAGCAGGUACUGCAGCCCCUGGAGGGUGACCUCUGCUAUGCAGACCUGACCCUGCAGCUGGCCGGAAUCUCCCCGCAAAAGGCUACCACGAAGCUUUCCUCUGCCCAGGCUGACCAGGUGGAAGUGGAAUAUGUCACCAUGGCUCCCUUGCCGAAGGAGGACAUUUCCUAUGCGUCUCUGACCUUGGGUGCUGAGGAUCAGGAACCGACCUACUGCAACAUGGGCCACCUCAGUAGCCACCUCCCCGGCAGGGGCCCUGAGGAGCCCAAGGAAUACAGCACCAUCAGCAGGCCUUAGCCUGCACGCCAGGCUCCUUCUUGGACCCCAGGCUGUGAGCACACUCCUGCCUCAUCGACCGUCUGUCCCCUGCUCCCCUCAUCAGGACCAACCCGGGGACUGGUGCCCCUGCCUGAUCAGCCAGCAUUGCCCCUAGCUCUGGGUUGGGCUUGGGGCCAAGUCUCAGGGGGCUUCUAGGAGUUGGGGUUUUCUAAACAUCCCCUCCUCUCCUACAUAGUUGAGGAGGGGGCUAGGGAUAUGCUCUGGGGCGUUCAUGGGAAUGAUGAAGAUGAUAAUGAGAAAAAUGUUAUCAUUAUUAUCAUGAAGUGCCAUUAUCAUAAUACAAUGAACCUUUAUUUAUUGCCUACCACAUGUUAUGGGCUGAAUAAUGGCCCCCAAAGAUAUCUGUGUCCUAAUCCUCAGAACCUGUGACUGUUACCUUCUGUGGCAGAAAGGGACAGUGCAGAUGUAUGUAAGUUAAGGACUUUGAGAUAGAGAGGUUAUUCUUGCUGAUUCAGGUGGGCCCAAAAUAUCACCACAAGGGUCCUCAUAAGAAAGAGGCCAGAAGGUCAGAGAGGUAGAGACAAAGUGAUGAUGGAAGUGGACGUGGGUGUGAUGUGAGCAGGGGCCAUGAAUGCCGCAGCCUUCAGAUGCCAGAAAGGGAAAGGAAUGGAUUACCCUGCCUGGAGCCGCCAAAAGAAACCAGCCCUGCCCACGCCUUGACUUGAGCCCAUUGAAACUGAUCUUGAGCUCCUGGCCUCUAGAAUUGCGGGAGAAUAAAUUUGUGUUGUUUUUAAUAAGCCACGAAAUUGGUGCUAAUUUGUUACAGCAGCAACAGGAAACUCAUACGGUAUGUGGCAGUUGCCCUUCCCUAGAUGCUUCCCAUGUAGUAACUAAUUUAAUCCUCAUGACAAACAUGAGGCACUUCUAUUACUGUCCCCUUUUUACAGAUGGGGAACCCUAGGGAUGGAGAGGUUCAGUGACUUGAACCAAGUUUAAUGGCAAGUAAGCAGAUGAGUUGGAAUUUGAACACAUUUGACUCCAGAGCCUGGAGUCUGCACUGUUUGUAUAAGGAGGAUAGUGUGUAUGUGCAUGUGUCUGCAUGUGUGUGUGUGUGUGUAUACACAUACACUGCUGCUCACACAGGGAUCAUGCUCAUUUACAGAUGCUGGACUAUCUUUUUUUUUUUUGGAGACAGAGUCUCACUCUGUUCCCCAGGCUGGAGUGCAGUGGUGAGAUCUCGGCUCACUGCAACCUCUGCUUCCCAGGUUCAAGCAAUUCUCUUGCCUCAGUCUCCCAAGUAGCUGAAACUACAGGUGCCUGCCACUGUGCCUGGCUAAUUUUCAUGUUUUUAGUAGAGAUGGGAUUUUACCUUGUUGGCCAGGCUGGUCUCGAACUCCUGGCCUCAAGU